CCCGUUGGGAGCUGCGUGCGCUGAGUGUCCUGCCUCCUGGGGAUAACGUGGAGCGGGCACGUGCACUCUUCUGUGUUAUGAGAACACGUGUACUGUAUGUGGAUGCCGGUUGUGCAGGUUAUCAUUUGAAAACUCAAUGAAAGGAUUCCAAAUGUCAAUAAAGUCAUCUGCUGCUCUUGUGCUGCUCAGUGCUUGUACUCGCUUGUCAAUUUUUUCCAAGAGCUGAGGAAUACGGCUACGGGCAGUCUCUGAUGGAGCGGCUGUGCAGACAGCUGGGUGUGCAGCUCCAGAAUAAAGUCAUUGACAGGCUUCCAGUCCUGCGCUUGACCACUCAGUACAGGAUGCACCCUGAGAUCUGCCUCUUCCCUUCUAACUACGUCUACAACCGUGCCUUGAAAACUGACAUGUUCCUGAAGAGUCUGCAGCGUCUGAAUGUCACCCUCACCCGAGCCAAGUACAGCCUCUUCAUCCUGGGACACCUGAAGACGCUCAUGUGCUAAGAAGAUCCUGAAGUCUCUGCCAGUACAGCAGAGACUGGAGAAAGCCAUGUGAGGGCCGGUGAGUGUGGUGGCUAAGUCACAUGAAGCUCCUGGGCAACAUUCGGUCAAGUGAUGGAGGACAACACAGUAAUAAAAGCAUGGUAACAAUUUUUUUUGGGGGGGGGGAUAGAACCCCCAAGCCACGAAAUAAACAUUGUUUUCACAGUAUGUUUUGCUCUUUCUGAAUGUUUUUCUUAUAACAGUGUGUUUGCUGGCAGGGUGGUGUUGAGCUCUGAGAUGAUUCUUAAUAGACAGCAGUUUGCUUCAGCAGCUGUUUCCCUCAUACACUCUUGUGUCCACCUUGUGUAGCAGCCUCUGUGGGCUUAUGGCUGAUGGGUGUGCCGUCACUGGCUCCUGCACAGCAUUCUUGCAUUUGAGGCCACUUCCAAGUAAUCUCGCCCCUUUUCCUCUUUAACAAUGCACGCAAUUCAGAGUGGGCUCUCAAUCCUGGGCUCAGAUUUUUAUUCAUCUGUAGGGUAGUUGAAUAUGAUUAUAGCUACUUAAAUUCCACCAGCCAACACUCACUUUUAAAAGGGUUGGACGAUUUAGAGCUGCAGUUCUUGAAAUUUGCUCGCAGACCAUAAUCUUGAUUAUUUAUUUUUAAAGGGUCCCCAUUUUCUCCUUUGCCUGUGCGCUUUGAGUUUCUCUCAACUUUCCACCAUCUCAUUAAAAUGUAUUUUGGUCCAAGGUAA